AUUUAUUAGUUGCACCUGUUAAAAUCAGUGAUACAUUUUCUUUAGAUCUUUUACCACGGGGCCGAAGCACUUUUUCAUUUUUAUAAUGCUUUUCUCUGCGUUUUUCUUAUUAUUUUUUCUAUCGCCUAUAGAAAAUGAUGCUUCAGAUACAUUUAGAAACAUCAAUUCCAGAAUCAUAGGAGGGUAUCCAGCACAUAUUAGUCAAUUUCCGUUUGUCGCCGCCAUCAAUGUGGAAGCACCUGGUAUGACAUGGUUCUGGGGAGGAACUCUUUAUAACGACGAAUGGAUCAUAACAGCUGGACAAUGUGUUAAUCAGGCUACUCACUUCAUAAUUCGUUUGGGGUCAGCUACUUUAAAUGAUCCUGACGAAAAUCGGAUAACUUUGUCGGCGUCUACAUAUUUUCUGCAUCCGGAUUUUAAUCCAGACACUCUGGACAACGACAUUGGCAUGAUAAAACUGCACUUGCCUAUAACUUUCACAGAUUACGUCAAACCAGUUACUUAUCUAGCGAUGAACGACCUUUUGCCGAAUACGCAAGUACGAGCUUUGGGUUGGGGCCAAACAAAUGAUGAGGAUGCUGGUCUUUCUAAUGAACUUCAAGGUGCCACAGUAAUUACUUUAACUAACGACGAAUGUAAAAUAACUUAUGGAAGUCAGGUUAAAGAUAAUAUGGUUUGCAUUGAUGGAAAUUACAAUGAAGGAGCUUGUCACGGUGAUACUGGUGGUCCUUUGGUUUUAAUGCAUCCACGGGGUUAUGCAGAAUUUGUAGGAAUAUCAAGUUUUAUUAGUGCUAAUGGGUGUGAAAGUCCGGAUCCUUCUGGAUACACAAGAGUUUAUUCCCAUUUAGACUGGAUUAAAGGUGUUAUAACUGAUAAUAGUAUAUAAUUAACAAAACUAUAAAAUGUUCUUGUAAAAAUGUAAGAAAUUUUAGUAAAUUUUUUCAUUAGA